UCUAGCAGCUAGUUACGUUAGCUUAGCCUAGCUUAUAUUAUCUUAGCUUGUGAGACUUUUUUGAGUUAAUUCAAGUUUAGGAACCGUUGCAAACAUAAUUCAGCAGCAAUCCUCUAAUGUUAUGUUACCGAAAAUAAACAGAACUGUUUAGUUAAUUAGAUGUAUUUUUAAGUUACCUGUCUAUGCUUUGCUAAGCUAAGCUAACCAGGCAGAGGAAUGCUACGCUGUGCUGUCUAAAAGUGAGCCAAACUGUUGCGCUUUCUGUAAAUCAAAGCCAGCGACAGAGAAGAAAACGAAGGAGUUCGUGCUCGAAACCCACCGUUCAACAUGGCUGACUCUGACGGAAAGUUCUGUUUUGCCAUCGACCGUGGUGGAACCUUCACUGAUGUCUUUGCUCGUCUGCCAGACGGAAAAGAGCGAGUGAUGAAGCUGCUCUCUCACGACCCACAGAAUUACAGAGAUGCUCCCACAGAAGGCAUCCGCCGCAUACUGCAAGAGGAAACAGGACAGAGUUUUCCCCGUGAUGAGCCGUUGGACCCGUCUCUGAUUGGCUGGAUCCGCAUGGGCACAACGGUGGCCACCAAUGCGCUGUUGGAGCGAAAGGGAGAAAAGAUGGCACUUGCUGUGACUCGUGGCUUUAAACACCUACUGCACAUUGGCACACAGGCUCGACCCAACCUCUUUGACUUGGAAGUGCAAGUGCCUGAUGUGCUUUAUGAAGAGGUUAUAGAAGUGGAUGAAAGAGUUGUCCUGAAGCAAGAUGGUUGCCUUCUUCCGAGCAAAGAACCGAAGCAGAUCGUCAAAGGUAGUACAGGUGAGAGUUUGGAGGUAUGGACUGAGUUGGACCUGCAGUGUGUGGAGAGAGAUCUGAAAGCUGUGCUUUCUAAGGGAAUCACCAGCCUGGCUGUGCUGCUGCUGCACUCAUACAUGUACCCAGAUCACGAGCAGGCAGUGGGCUCUCUUGCUCGGCGGCUGGGUUUCACUCAGGUGUCUCUAUCGAGCGAGGUGAUGCCGAUGAUCAGAGCUGUGCCUCGUGGCUACACUGUGUGUGUAGACGCCUACCUCACACCCAAAAUUCACCAGUACAUCAACGCCUUCACCUCUGGCUUCAAAGGACGACUCGCCGGCGUGGACGUACUGUUCAUGCAGUCGGAUGGAGGUUUGACUCCUAUGGAUCAUUUUUACGGGUCUCGGGCGGUACUGUCUGGCCCAGCUGGAGGAGUCGUGGGUUAUGCCCUCACAGCCUACACCAACACACACCACACACCUGUCAUCGGCUUUGAUAUGGGAGGUACCUCUACAGAUGUGAGUCGCUAUGCUGGCCAGUAUGAACACAUUUUUGAGUCUACAACAGCUGGGGUUACAUUACAGGCACCUCAGCUCGACAUCAACACCGUCGCAGCAGGAGGAGGAUCUCGACUUUUCUUCAGGUCUGGGAUGUUUGUUGUGGGUCCUGAGUCAGCUGGUGCUCAUCCUGGUCCAGCUUGUUAUCGAAAAGGGGGUCCUCUCACAGUCACAGAUGCCAAUUUAGCUCUUGGCCGUCUCCUUCCUUCAUUCUUCCCUCACAUCUUUGGUCCUGGAGAGAACGAGCCUCUAUCCAUAGAUGAAACCAUGAGCCGUUUCCAGAAGCUUACCAAAGACAUCAACCACUUCCUCUUGACCAGCCAAUCACAAUGCGAUGGAGACAAUCACAAAAAUAUUGACAUGUCAAAAAGUGGCAAAUCAGAAAUGAGCGUGGAGGAGGUUGCCAUGGGAUUCAUCAGAGUUGCUAAUGAAGCAAUGUGUCGACCAAUCAGAGCACUGACACAGGCGAAAGGCCACGAUACAUCUCAGCAUGUGCUGGCGUGUUUUGGAGGAGCAGGCGGGCAACACGCAUGUGCCAUUGCACAAUCACUGGGCAUGAAAACCGUCUACAUACACAAGUACAGUGGAGUUUUAUCAGCGUAUGGUUUGGCUCUAGCAGAUGUUGUAGAGGAGGCUCAGGAGCCUUGUUCUCUGCAGUAUAACAAAGACUCUUACUCAGAGCUCGACACCCGGAUCCAGCAACUAUCACAGCGCUGUCAUGACACACUGAGGAAACGGGGAUUCAACAGUUCUCAGAUCAGUAUGGAUGUUUUCCUGCACAUGCGUUACAAGGGAACAGACUGUGCUCUCAUGAUCAGCGCCAGUGAUGCACCAGCUCAUGCUCAGUCCUGCUGUUCCGGAGACUUCCUUACUGCCUUCACCGCACGCUACAUGAAGGAGUUUGGCUUCACCAUUGCUGACAGACCCAUUAUGGUGGAUGACAUUCGUGCUCGUGGAUCAGGAAAAUCUGGAAUCAGGACAACGGCAAAGGAUCAGACAGGAAGUCAGUCACCAAAAGUGACACAGAUGACCAAGUGUUACUUUGAGGACCGAUAUCUGGACACAAGCUUGUUUCUGUGGGAGGAUCUGUCAUGUGAGCACAGCAUAGACGGACCAGCGAUCAUCAUUGACAAGAACAGCACCAUCCUGGUAGAACCGGGCUGUUCAGCCCAUCUGACUGCAAGCGGAGACGUGUGUAUCGACGUGGGAACAAACAGCAAGUGUGUCCUGGGGACAGAACUAAAUGCAGUGCAGCUUUCCAUCUUCUCUCAUCGCUUUAUGAGCAUUGCAGAACAGAUGGGCCGUGUCUUACAAAGGACAUCCAUCUCCACCAACAUUAAGGAGCGGCUGGAUUUCUCUUGUGCUGUGUUUGGGCCUGAUGGAGGUCUGGUGUCAAACGCUCCUCACAUUCCUGUGCACCUGGGAGCCAUGCAGGAGUCCGUGCAGUACCAGUUAAAAACAAUAGGCAGCACACUGAAGGAAGGAGAUGUGAUACUAAGUAAUCACCCGUGUGCUGGAGGAAGCCACCUGCCCGACCUCACCGUCAUCACACCGGUGUUUCGUGAUGGCGUGAGCAGCCCGGUGUUUUUCGUAGCCAGCAGAGGGCAUCAUGCUGAUAUCGGGGGCAUUACUCCAGGCUCGAUGCCCCCUCACUCCACCUGUCUCCAGCAGGAGGGGGCGGUCUUCACCUCCUUCAAACUCGUCACUGAGGGAGUCUUCCAGGAGCAGGCGGUGACUGAGGCUCUCUUGGCUCCUGCUCAAUACCCAGGAUGCUCUGGGACACGUAAUCUCUAUGACAACCUGUCAGACCUGAGAGCUCAGGUGGCAGCCAAUCAGAGAGGGAGUAGGCUGGUGGGGGAGCUGAUCGACAUCUACGGACUAAAUGUGGUCCAUGCGUACAUGGGCUACAUUCAGAGUAAUGCAGAACUGGCUGUUAGAGACAUGCUGAGAGAGUUUGCACAUCGACGGCAUGAGCAAAGUGGCUCAUUAGAUGUGGAAGCUGAAGAUCAGAUGGACGACGGAACACCAAUUAGACUUAGAGUUCAGAUAAACGAACAGGAGGGGAGUGCUGUGUUUGAUUUCUCAGGUUCAGGCCCAGAGGUGUGGGGUAACUGUAAUGCUCCUCGCGCCAUCACUCUCUCUGCUCUCAUUUACUGCCUUCGUUGCAUGGUCGGACAGAACAUCCCUCUCAACCAGGGUUGUCUGACCCCCAUCAAUGUGAUUAUCCCCACCGGCUCCAUCCUGCAUCCUUCCCAGAAUGCUGCAGUGGUGGGAGGAAAUGUGCUGACGUCACAGCGAGUAGUGGACGUCAUCUUCAGAGCGUUUGAAGUGUGUGCCGCAUCACAGGGCUGCAUGAACAAUAUCACAUUCGGCAAUGAGAAGUGCGGUUACUAUGAAACAGUGGGAGGCGGAGCAGGGGCAGGGCCAGGCUGGAACGGGAGGAGUGGCGUCCACAGUCACAUGACAAACACGCGCAUCACAGAUCCUGAAAUUCUCGAGAAGAGGUAUCCGGUGGUGUUGGAGCAGUUCUCUCUGCGAGCCGGAUCUGGAGGUAGGGGUCGACAUCAUGGUGGUGAUGGUGUGAUCCGGAAGCUUUUCUUCAGGGAUGAAGUGAUUCUGUCAGUGCUGACAGAGAGACGCUCCACACGGCCGUAUGGUCUGCACGGGGGACAGAGUGGAUCAGCCGGAUUGAAUCUGCUACAGCGGGCUGACGGACGAGUGUUAAACCUGGGAGCGAAGACCUCAGUCAGCCUCCAGCCUGGGGACAGGUUUGUUCUCCAUACCCCUGGAGGAGGAGGUUAUGGCAAAGAGGAGGAGGAAGAGGAGGAAAAGCAGCACUCAUCCUCUAAGCGGAGCUAUUUUACCCAAGUAUUCACUGAGAGAGGGAGUGUGUAUGAGUAUCGCCAAACUCAAGAGAGCGUCUGACCAGAUAUAUAUAUGUGUGUGAGUGUGUGUGUUAAGGCCAGUCCAGGUGAUUUUCUAAAUUAUAAAGGGUCUAAUUAAUAAAGGGUCAACUUGGAAUUUGCGAGUAAACUUGCGAGAAAAGAAAACUUCUCAACCUCAAGUCCAGCAAGUAGCAUCAAAUCAAAACAUAGCACUUUAUAUGAUUUACACUGCAUACACAGUUACUGUAGAAACUCUACAUAUUUACUUGUUAACUCUAGGACACAAACACUGCUCUGAGGGAAAUACAGUAUCUCACAGAAGUGAGUACACCACUCACAUUUUUGUAAAUAUUUUAUUAUAUCUUUUCAUGUGACAACACUGAAGAAAUGACACUUUGCUAAAAUGUAAAGUAGUGAGUGUAAAGCUUGUGUAACAGUGUAAAUUUGCUGUCCCCUCAAAAUAAGGGAAAAUGUGAGGGGUGUACUCACUCUAUGAGAUGAACUCAUGUACUCAUUUUAUGACUGUAUGCAUCACUCGUUACAGCUAGCAUGCUAGCUUGUUGCUAACAGACGAUACACCUGGAGGCAUGUUUCCUUAUUUGUAGUUUGUAGCACAAGGAAAGUUACAUUCUGACAGAGCAAUUGAACAUUACAAGUUUUUCCAUAGACAGAAACAGCAAAAUCUGUUACUAAAUAAUAAUGUUACAUCUGUAAGCGUAUGUUAGACUAGCAUGUUAACAUGCUAAACUUACCGUGCAGUCUUAAAUCUCGAUCUGUUGUGUAAAUAGGGAAAACUAAAACAGUUUCUCUUCCUCAUAUUCUGUCACUUCCAUCCCACCGACACCUCGUCAUAGUUUAGACUGCUUGUGGUUACCCAAACCACAUCUACCUGAUUUGUGCACAUUUCUUUAUACUUCCCUGCUCUCUGUGUUCUGGGCUUCACCUUCAUGUUCUUUUAUCAAUAAAUUUUUCGAAACCAA